AUGGGGGCAGGUCACUACCUCGAGGCGGGCGUGCAGUCCGCGCAGGCGUGUUACAGCGUAUCUUCCGAGCUCUUCGGUCGCAGCCGUGCCAUCGUUGAGACUCCCUCCCUCAUCUUCGGCAACAUCGUCACAAUGACCGAGGCGAAUGGCCUCAAGUACGCCCUUGGCAAGGCCAUCGAGUUCGGCACCUACUUCGACACGGUCCGCCUCAUCGUCGAGGGCUCGUGCAAGUACCAGAAGGCCGACACGAGGACCAAGCAGGCGCAGGCCCGUCUCAACAAGGACAUCCCGCUCGAGGCGAAGAGCAAAGAGUACCGCAUCUACAAGAUGUUGGGCCAGGUUCUCGAGCAACUGGAGCCCGACGUGCCGCGUGAGGAGCGCAAGUACCUCGUCUACCAUGGUCGCGGCGAGGGCGAACACACGGCAUACCUCGCCUACGACAUCGCGCUGCAGGAGGGCUACGGUCACAGCAAGAUCUCGGUUCUCACGUCGAUGAAUACGGACAAGGCGCGCAAACGAGCCGUCGAGGAAGGCUUCGCUCUCCAGAGUUCCCCGCUCCGCACGGCUGACCAGCUCCUCCGUCGAGCUGUCGACCUCGACGAAGCGCGUACGGAGCAGCACGUCGAAAUAGUCAGGCCCGAGGAGACGAACGAGGCGAUCGAGCCGCCAAAGGCCGCCUUCCUCUUCGCACGCGACGGCGACGUGCUUAACGGACCAUGCCAUGAGUUCUACUCGCUCUUCAAGCCCCUCGACGACGGCCAGAUCCUCAUCAAGGCAAUCGACUCGAACAAGGCUCGCGACCAUGCCGUUGCGACGAUCCGCCGCGACUUCAAGAAGCAUCUUUCGCGCUGGCAAGCGAGUGCGCGGUCCCGCUCGUCCGACGCACGUUCGCUCUUCGAACGCCUCAUUCUCUCGCCCGAGCUGGACAACAUUCCCAACGAGCGCUUCGAGGAGGCCUUCGCCUUCAGCGAGGCAGCAACAACCGACCAGCGUCCGAUGUGGGCGAGUGGUAUCGGCGGAUUCAAGGCUGCGCAGUACUACCUCGUCUCGGAUGGCGACAUCGAGAAGGUCCACGAGCUCAUCCUCCAGCACCAGCCCGAAUACCCCGACCUCGACGCUCUCUCUCGCUCCGUCAUCGCCUACACCGCAUACCUCGGCCUCCCCGCCUCAGCCGCAGACGCUCGUCAUGAGCAGCGCGACCCCGACACCGGCUUGUCGACGCUCCAGUACGGCUACUACGUCUCCCCGCGCAACGCAAACCGUCGCUUGCUCCUGCGCGUGCUCGACCAGCGAAAGGUUCCCGGGUCAGGCUUGUCCCCUGAACGCCUUUGGGCGGCAGCUGUCGCCGACGGCCUUGUCCCGGUUCAUGGCUUCAGCGUCACGUCGCGCGGCACCGAGAACCUUGCACUCCGCCAGACGCAGCUCGGGACGGGCAAACCCGGCACACCGUUUGGACUGCCGUUCUCCUCCGACCUCAUCACGUCGGACGACUACCUCGCCAUCGGUUGUGACGCUUCCAAGCACGAGAUCUCGCUCGACGAUCUUCCUGCGCUUGUCAACGAGUCGUACAGGCUCGAACGGCGCGCUGAGGCGAGGGAGGAGGCGAUUGCGGUCCGCGAGCGGGAGGAGAUCGCUGCCGAGAUCCGUCAGCAGGAGGAGGAAGAUGCGGCUGCCGAUUCUGCCGCUGGACACUCGACAGAGUCCCCUGCUCAGGAUCGUAUCACCGCAGUCCAUCGCGCUAAGGCAGGUCGACAUCACGCCGAGGGCAUCCUGCAGUACAAGCAACUCGCCGAGACGCUUCUCAGCCGCAUCCUCGCCCAGCGUGCGUCCGCAUCGCCGCCUCCCAUCGAUGUCAGUGUCGUCGGCGUCUACUACCAGAUCACGUCUGGCGACGACAUCGUGGCGUCGAGGCUCUCUCGCCUUCCCGACUCGGCCAGCGUCUUGCGCCGAAUCCGAAGCAUGUCCGACGACGUCUUCACCACCUACGGCAUUGACCUCGACACGCUCGCAAGCGAGCUUGGCGACGUCGACGAGCACAUCAGCGCCGCAAUCAGGCGCGUCGCCCAGGGACUCGCCGAGAUGUGCCAGUACCCGGUCUUGGGACCGAUCUUCAAGCGUGCGCUGGAGCUGGUCGACGGUGGCGGUUUCCUCCUUGAACAAACCCUCAGCGACUGGAUCCUUCGCACCGACUUCUACGUCUGGCCGUUGCCCUUCUUCGUCCGCCGCGCCCGCGAACACGCCGACAAGCUCAAGCAGCCGCCCCUCCCUUCUACGUCCUCCUCGACGGAGGAGUCGUCCUCAAUCAUCUCGAGCGCCGACCUGCCGAUCUGGCGCCCGCGCAAGAACCGCGGGAUGCACGAGCUCGUCGCUGGUCAGCGUCGUCAGGCUUCGGAAGCGCUUCCGGAAGCGGCAGAUGCCUGGCUCUCCGACCCGCGCAAUCUCGACAAGCUGCGCGUCUACUACACGACUUCCAUUCGCGCGAAGGAUAUGUCCGGCCGACUCCGCUGCGACGCCGUCACGCGCCUGAUUGAGUGCGGACUAGUCGACAGCGAAUCGUGGUACAAGUCCCCGCCCGAGCUCGUCAUCGAGGAGGAGAAGGCUCAGAAGGCGCUCGAGUGGACGCACAACCUUGAACCUGGGCAACGCCUGAACCAGAGCGUCAUCAAGGAGCAGCGGGCAAAGCUCGGCCUCGCGCCGACUAUCAUCAUCAACCACGUCCUGCAGCCGAUGCUCGCGAUUGCACAGGAUUUCUUCGAUACCGUCUACCGCGAGACACGCCCCGACGACGAGCCGGACAAGACGGCGUUCCUGGGCGGAGCAGUCGAGUCGACGUUGACCGUCGAGAACAGCCGCAACGUCGAGAUUGUCUGGUGGCGCUCGUACUGGAAUCCCGAGGUUACGCUCCAAGAGUGGCGUGUCGACAUUGCGGCGAAGAAGUUGCAGGAGGUUGACGAGGAUGCCGAGGAGCUGGUCGAAGAGCUCCGCUCGAUGCCGCACGACACGCCCGUCUACUUGGCCAAGCUCAAGGAAUGGUACCACGUCCUCAAGCUCCCGAAGCUCGUCGACAAUGGCGCGCCGGUUCCGUCGGACAAGUACGAGCGCAGCAAGAUGUUGGGCGGCUCGCUGGAGAUGACGAUGAUGGGUAAACGUGCACUUGCUUCUUGGUGCAAGCUCGGCGAGACGAUCACGCCCCGCAAGGGUGAGAACCAGUCAACCAUCAAAGGCAAGAGGAGCGUUGAGCAGACGCCAUUGCGCAGGUCAGCCCGCACCUCGCAGUCAAAUCUCGCGCCCGAGAAGAGCGAAGAGAAGGGCAAAUCGAAGGAGCUUGCGACCUCGACUUCCGAUGCAGACGCAGACGAAGCCUCCUCCUACCGCCAGCCCCCUACCUCGUCUGAUCGCCCUCCGAAGCGCGCCAAGACUACCCAUGCAGUCUCGUUCAACGACAGCGACAUCGGUCCUUCGGCGUCGUCCUCGAACAGCAGCCCCUACAACUCGGCGAUCAAGGCGAACCCGGUCAUCACGGACGACGAGAUGGUGGAGAGGGACAGCGGCUACGGCUCCCCGCGUUGA